AUGAUAUAAGACAAAUAUAAUUUUUUAUUUAUCACUUUAAUAUUUUAUAUUCUUAAUAAUGUUUUACAAUUGACAAAAUACAUAAAAUCGAAUAAAUAAAUUAUGAUUAGACAAAAGAGAGGAGUUAUUUUUCUCUUCUAAAACCCUGAACCAAACAUUCCCGCAGGGUUUCUUUUUCCGCAGCUUCCUUCGUUCAAAUCGUUUCAUCGUUCACGCACUUCAUCUGCUCGUCCCAAUCUCCACCCUUCGGAUCGAGACAUCCGCGAAUCGAGACUGAAGUGGAUUUGUUUGAAGAUCAGCUUCAUGGCGUCUAGGAAUGCGUUGAGGUUUGUGUCGCGUAGGUUCUCUAGUGGAAAAGUGCUCGGCAAGGAGGAGCAAGCUGCAGAAAAUGUCUAUAUCAAGAAAAUGGAGCAAGAGAAAUUGGAGAAGCUUGCCAGAAAGGGACCCGCAGCCGAAGAACGGUCAGCUGCUAGCUCAGGCGGUUCAGAUUCUGUAACUGAUUCCAAACCCGGCGCUCAGGGCUCAUCCUCAACAUUUGGGGUGUCAACUGACAUAUACCGCAACUAUGGGGUUUUGGCAGGUUUCAUAACCGGUGUUGGUGCUCUGGGAUGGUAUUGGAUGUCAAGGGAUCCCAAGAAAGAAGAAAUUAUCGAGUGAAUUAAGUUGAAGAUUAUCUGAAUAGGAGCAAUCACUUGAAAGCAUACGGAAUUUGAGGCUCUGAAACAAUGGUUCUUGUCUAUGCUCUCUGUGUAUGGUUUUCUCUCGAACUUCUCUUCCAUUUUGCAACUCCAUAACUAAAAAUGAUGUUUUGCCAUCGCUCUGGUGAGCACUGUCUCAGUUCAUAGCUUUAUCCUUAACCUUUUCAAGUGUAAGAGUUUGGUUGGUGCCUGGUGGGAUGGUGAAUUGGGUUGGAUUUGCUUAGUUUUUGGUGGAAAAAGACCUAAUGGGCAGAUUGGUUUGAAUGGCCUUAAAAUACAUUUACCUUGUUUUU